AUGGCAGAGCAAUCAUGGAGGGGCCAGUGUGGAAAGGACAGCAUGGCUGUAGUGUGGAGGACAGUGUGGCAGAGCCAAUAUGGUGUGUUUGGAAGAUGCCAGAAGGUUCCAGCGAUGGACACAUACAGAUACGAAGUGUCGCCAGGAGCCCUGCUGCACCUGAGGGUCACCUUACAGAAGCUCUCCCGUACAGGUUUCACAUGGCAAGAUGACUAUACUCAGCAUGUGAUGGCCCAGGAGCUCGCAAACCUCCCCAAGGCCUACCCAUGGCACGGGGAUACUUCCAGCCCAGCCAGGACCUUACAACAGAAUGCUGACAAUGAGAAGUGGUUCAGCCCGGAGAGCGAAGCGGCCCUGGCCAAGACCCUUCGGCGCUAUCUGCCCUACUUGGAGCUUCUGUCCCAGGCCCCAACUGCGAAUGCACGCCCCAGGAUAGAGCACGAGACACGUCCAGCCAAGGGUGAAGACUCUUUCCCUGGGGACAUGCUAACCUAUGUGGCUCACACUUCUGCUCUGACCUAUCCUCCCGCAACCCGAGUCAAGUAUCCUGACAACCUUCUGCGGCCCCUUAGCCAGCUCCAGCCAGAUGAGCUGAGCCCCAAGGUAGACAACGAUGUGGACAAGCAGCAGCUGAUUGCAGCACUCGGUGCCUACACUGCUCAGAGGCCUCCCAGAGUCAAUGACGCAGGGCCACGGUACCUUCUACAUAGCCCUGUCAGAGCAUCAAGGCCCUUCUCAGCACCUGCCGCCUCUCAGAGAUGGAUGUUACCUCCAGGAGACUCCAAGGACUCCCCAAGCAUGGGAGACGACACACUCCUAAGGAGUCUCCUGAAGGAUCUGCAACAGCAAGCUGAAGUGGACCGCCCAGGGCCCCUGAAGUUGGAGGAGAUGGCAGAUUCAGUUGCUGGAGCCAUGCAAGGCGAUCUUGCAGAGGGCAGCCAAGAAAGCCAUGGGAGAGGGGCUGAGGGACAGCUGAGAGAGCAGGCAGAUGCCUCAGAAGCAUUGCCUCAAGAUAACAGACUGUCAGAGGUGGAUGACCCAGUGUACGAUGAGGUCAGCCGUCUGAGUGUCCAGCUGGGGGACCUCCUGAAAGACCACGGGUCACCCCUAUUACCCGAAGCUCCCCAUCCAGAAAAGUCCUCCAGGGCAGAGAUCAAGAAGUCAGAGCAGCCCGAGGAGGUCUUGUCCUCAGAGGAGGACACUGCUGGGGUGGAGCACGUGAGGAGCCGGACUUACUCCAAAGACCUGUUGGGGAAGAAGCCGGACUCAGAGCCCCAGGCUCCGAGGCUUGAGGACCAAUUCCAAAACCGAGCCCCAGAGAUGUGGGAGGAGGAGCAGAGCCCCAAGUUAGGAGCACAGGGACCCCCUAGUGGAGGCCUUCAGCUGGAAGUCCAGCCUUCUGAGAAGGAACAGCAAGGAUACAUCCUCACCGGAAAUGACCCCCUGAGUCCAGAGAAGGGGAAGCAGCUGAUGGAUGAAGUUGCCCACAUCCUCGGGGUGCCUUCCGGCUUCUUUGCAGAUGUCAGAGUUUUGGGGCCAGCAGUGACCUUCAAAGUGAGUGCCAAUAUCCAAAACAUGACAACUGCAGAUGUCAUCAAAGCCACAGUUGACAACAAAGACCAGCUGGAGAAGACAUCAGGAUUGACGAUCCUACAGAGCGGAAUUGGGCCGAAAGAAAAGCUAAAGCUCCUGCCCCACCAGGAAGAGCAGGAAGACUCUACCAAGUUCAUCGUGCUCACUUUCCUCUCCAUCGCCUGCAUCCUGGCGGUUCUCCUGGCUUCCAGCCUUGCCUAUUGCCUCCGCCACAACUCCCACUACAAGCUGAAGGAGAAGUUGUCUGGACUCGGGGGUGACCCCGGUGCAGAUGCCACUGAAGCAUACCAGGAGCUAUGCCGCCAGCGUAUGUCUGUCCGGCCACAGGAUCGCCCUGAGGGACCACACACAUCACGCAUCAACAGUGUCUCUUCCCAGUUCAGUGAUGGGCCAAUGCCUAGUCCUUCGGCUCGGAGCAGCACUUCGUCCUGGUCUGAGGAGCCGGUCCAGUCUAACAUGGACAUCUCUACUGGCCACAUGAUUCUGGCUUACAUGGAAGACCAUCUGAAGAAUAAGAACCGACUGGAGAAGGAGUGGGAGGCACUGUGUGCCUACCAAGCAGAGCCCAACACCUCGCUUGUGGCCCAGAGAGAAGAGAAUGCAUCCAAGAACCGUUCCCUGGCCGUACUGACCUAUGACCACUCCAGGAUCCUGCUGAAGUCUAAGAACAGCCACAGCAACUCGGACUACAUCAAUGCCAGCCCCAUCAUGGACCAUGACCCACGAAAUCCUGCGUACAUUGCCACCCAGGGCCCACUUCCCGCCACUGUGGCCGACUUCUGGCAGAUGGUGUGGGAGAGCGGCUGUGCAGUCAUUGUCAUGCUGACACCCCUCUCGGAGAACGGCGUCCGGCAGUGCCACCACUACUGGCCUGAUGAAGGCUCCAACCUCUACCAUGUCUAUGAGGUCAAUCUAGUCUCUGAGCAUAUCUGGUGCCAGGACUUCCUGGUGAGGAGCUUUUACCUGAAGAACCUGCAGACCAACGAGACCCGCACGGUGACCCAGUUCCACUUUCUGAGUUGGUAUGACCAGGGAGUCCCUUCCUCCACGAGGUCACUCCUGGAUUUUCGCAGAAAAGUUAACAAGUGCUACAGAGGCCGCUCUUGUCCCAUAAUUGUUCACUGCAGUGACGGCGCAGGGAGGAGUGGAACCUACAUCCUGAUUGACAUGGUUCUCAAUAAGAUGGCCAAAGGUGCUAAAGAGAUUGAUAUCGCCGCGACCCUGGAGCACUUGAGGGACCAGAGACCAGGCAUGGUCCAGACAAAGGAGCAGUUUGAGUUUGCACUGACAGCCGUGGCUGAGGAGGUGAAUGCUAUCUUGAAGGCCCUUCCCCAGUAG